UCGUGCUGCGGUGCCUGGUGGGGCGCAUUUCAGUGUGACUCCAGUGCGUUGUACCAGUGGACGGGCGGUUGUCAAGCGAAAAUGUCUACCACUUCAGAAUCUGAGCCAAACUACGAGGAGAUUUUUUCUGACCGUUUCACUUCUGAAGACAAAGAAUAUCAGGAGUACUGCCAACGUCCACCAGAUCCUCCACCGGUAGUUGAAGACUGGGGAAACAAAGCAGGUGGACACCAGCGAGGCAGAGAUUUUAGGUACAGACCUUACAGAGGAAGAGAUGAAGGGAGAAGCUGGUCAAAUGAUUACAGAUCACACCAGCACUGGCAGGAGAGAGGCUGGGGUGGCGGCGGCCAAAGGUCACACCAGCAAACGGGGAAUUAUAACUCGUCUAAUUACAGACACCAGGGUUAUCAUUCUUACCAUCAGAGACCCAGCAGUCACCACUACUAGAGGCACAAUGUGCUACCUCGGGGGUUGGGGGUGGGGGGUUUGGAGAAAAAAACGGGUUAAAUGUUGAUUAUUUUUCAACUCUGAAGGCUGGUGGUUAUUUGGAUGUUAGCUGAAAAUGGCCACUUCCUUUAGGCAUCAUAGAAAGUCAUUUGAAUGUUUUAGUUAAUUGAAAAUGAGGGAGUGUAGAAUUAAACUGUAUUGCUUGUGAUUUUUAUUUAGCAUAGGCAUAAACGUUUGUGUGCCCGUUGGCAGUGUUAACAUUUCAUGUACACGUGGAAAGCCAGUCAGCUGUCUGGUUGUCCAAAGCAGCGUAGUUAGUGUUGCUGUGCAGAAACGCAGAUUAAAAAAAGAGAGCUUUAAACUUUACAUUGUAGACAGUAAGGAAUGCACUCACCCCUUAAAAUAAUAUUAUUAUCGGAUCUUUAAGGGUGGUCCAAAUGAAAAAAUCAACCUGUGUGUCUUUCUAAAUUAUUCUUCGAAUUGCAUAGUCUGCUUAACGGCACACAGUGUAGCCAAUUUUUUUCCCCCUCUUAAUCCGAGGUUUUCUGUGGGCGCUUUCAUUUUUUUUUUUUUAAUUGUUUGCUAUCCAUGCAAAAUACAAAUACGUCAUGUUUGGUUCAGUAGGAACAUAUCGGACUGUGGGGUGGCAAGUCAUUUGAAUCCAUGCAGCUCCAUUAUUAAGGCUCGGCAAAAUAUGUUAAACAGUAAAUUCAAAAUUAAUUAGCCACUAAUCACAAGAGAGGUUUGGCCAACUGAUUUGAUAGAUGAACGAAUACCCGGCUCAGUGCAAUUAUGGUUGUGUGUCUGUUGCUUUUGAAAUGUGCACAAGAAAUUUGGAGUAAUUUUUGAUUACAUUUAAUGUUUUUUUUUUUUUUCUUCAUUAAGUUUGAUCAUUUCUUGUACUGUAUGCUUUUGUUUUGGUAAAUUGUUUUUAGCUCUUAGUAAAUGUGUUUUUCUUAAGUUGUGUUUUA